UGCAAUGAUAUGUUGAUUAUUAUUUUACUUGAUUAUAAUUAUUAUUAAACAUUCAAUAUAAACCUGAUGAGUUCAUGAUUGUAAUAAGACCCAUGCGAUGCAGCAAAUAUCAGAGGUUGGUGAUAGUUGAACCAAAUACUGCUAAGUCAAACAGGUAAGUUUUAAAAUUAUAAUGAAGAGGGUAAGAUUUGUCACCAUGUGUGCCAUAAUAAUAGGAAACUGAGCUCAUGUGUUUUUAAUCUGGAUUUAAGUUUAAACAGUAGUACAACUCUGAGGAAGUUAUCACAUGACAACAUUUACUGAUGAUUUGAUUGUACUGCCAUUUAGUGGACAAAUGAAGUAUUACAAUAUUGAAUAGCCAGAAAUUCUACUGCAGGUAUAUUUGAAGAGUUUGGUUCCAAAACGCAAUAAACGCCAUUUUUGAAAAAAAUGAGUUACUGCCAGAAUCGGUAUUAUAUCAGGUCAGUAUUAAAAAGUCAAUUCUUAAUUUUACGCAAAAUCCAAUAUCCGCCGUGUUAUUCUGUCAUCUUUUCUCCCUUUUUUCCCAAAACGCAAUAAACGCCACUCCUCCUUUUUUACAGAACGCAAUAAAUCCGUUCCAGAAAUUACAGCGCACCAUUCACGCAAUGUAAACAAACAAUGGCGGCUCGCUGAGUACACGGAGUCCUAGUUUUCCUCAUCUGCUUUUUACUUCGUGAUCAACAAACAAACAAAAACAAAAUAAUACUUUAAUAGCAUUGAUAAACCUGUGGUGGUUUACUGUGACGGGAAAGAAACGUAAGCAUCAACAUCUAAUAAUUUACGCAAAAGGCACUCGGGAGAAGGGUGCUUGUUUGCCCGGGACGACAGCAUCAAGUUUCUGUCAUGAUAACACAUUGACCCCAGGGGAUCUUAUGAAAAACUUUCCAUAAUUUUACUCAAAGUCAACGAAAAUCGAGCAGGACCAAAACAUUUUACAGCUGAUCGCUGUGAAAAACGUUAAGCGAAGACGUCAAGUAUAACCGCAGCAAUGACAGUGUUCUUAAUAUCACAAAGUAAGUGUUUUGAUUAAUGACAUUAAUGUUUAUUUUUUUAAUCAGUGUGUACAACUGUUAAACUAAAUGAAUAUAACAUGGCGAAGAUGAAUGCACAUUUAUAUAGGCGAUUGAUUCAAUAGAUUUAUAGCAUUUUGAAUAAAAACUUGUCAUGGAUUUAUUGCAUUUUGUGGAAAAAAUAAUCCGUUUUUAUAAUAAAUCUUUGAAAAUCAAGUUAUGGAUUUGAUUUUUUUAUGUUUUUAUAACCUAAAGAUGCUAUGUGAAAGUUUGUAACAGAAAAUAGUGGUUUUCAUCUUGACACUUUCUUUGUAUAGAAAACACGUUUUUACCGAAAUUUGUCAAAAUGGAUUUAUUGCGUUUUGGAACCAAACUCUUCAUUUAUUGUACUGUAAAUGUAUUGAAUAGUUUCUUUUUUUUUAUUAAGACAGUUGUGUUUAUUUCUACAUUUUACAACAAUUUAUUCUGCAUUUAUUCAUUUAUGUACUGACUUCUUUUUUCAUAUUAACACAACUUGAAAUUAAAAUCUCCAUAGAAUAUUUACUUUCACAAAAGCAUAUAUCUUUUUUUGUAUAUAUGUGUGUACAGUAUAUUAAAGUGUAUGAGUGUGUUUGAAGUGAUCAUAUAGUUUCCUGUACCCCUGCACACAACAGGAUUUGAUGUAAAUUUAUCUUCAAUCUUGCAGGUGUUCAUAUCCCCUGAACAUGGAGGGAGGAGCGUCGUUCAUCAGCGCUGACGUUCUGCUGAUAUAUAUGGAGAAAAUCAAAAAUAUCUCUUCUGAUUUGUCACUCAAGUUGUUUGAUGAUUUCCUUUCUUAUUUCUAAUAAGGUAACAGAGAGCGUGAUUGGUCUCUCUCUCUCUCUCUCUCUCUCUCUCUUUACACUGACUUCUCAUUAUUCUCUAUCAGUCUGUGUGUACAGAAGAGGAUUAUGGAGAUCUGUCUCACACUUGUUUACCUCUCCUUUGUAGUAAUGAACAUUACUGCUGAUCUGAAUGUGAGGUUGGUGAAUGGUGGCAGUCGUUGUGCUGGUAGAGUUGAGGUUCUUCAUGAUGGUCAGUGGGGAACAGUGUGUGGGAAUGACUGGGAUCUGACAGAUGCUGCAGUGGUGUGUAAAGAGCUGGACUGUGGAGAGCCUCUAGUUAUUGUUCACUUUGGAGAAGGAUCAGGACCAAUCUGGAUGGAUAAUGUGCACUGUAAUGGAUCAGAGUCCUCACUGAAGAACUGUACAUCAAGUGGAUGGGGUGUUAAUAACUGUUAUCAUAGUCUUGAUAUUGGGGUCAUCUGCUCAAAUUUGAAUGUGAGGUUGGUGAAUGGUGAUCGUCCUUGUACUGGUAGAGUUGAGGUUCUUCAUGAUGGUCAAUGGGGAACAGUGUGUGGUAAUGGUUGGGAUCUAACAGAUGCUGCGGUGGUGUGUAGAGAGCUGGACUGUGGAGAUCCUCUGGGUAUUUCUCACUUUGGAUCAGGAUCAGGACCAAUCUGGAUGGAUGAUGUGGACUGUAAUGGAUCAGAAUCCACACUGAUAAACUGUAGAUCGAGAGAGUGGGGUGUUAGUGAUUGUGCUCAUGAUAAAGAUGUUGGAGUUAUUUGCUCAAAUUUAAGUGUAAGGUUAGUGAAUGCUGAGAGUCCUUGUGCUGGCAACGUGGAGGUUCUUCAUGGUGGUCUGUGGGUUACAUUAUGUGGUCGUGUUUGGGAUAUGAAAGAUUCUGCGGUGGUGUGUAGAGAGAUGGGCUGUGGAGAGCCUCUGGGUAUUGCUCACUUUGGUCAAGGAUCAGGACCAAUAUGGACUGAACGAAUGCAAUGCAAUGGAACAGAGUCCACACUGAAGAACUGUGGAUCAAGUGGAUCGGCUGUUCAGUAUUGUGGUCAUGAUCAUGAUGCUGGAGUCAUUUGCUCAAAAUUGAAUGUGAGGUUGGUGAAUGGUGGCAGUCCUUGUUCUGGUAGAGUUGAGGUUCUUCAUGAUGGUCAGUGGGGAACAGCAUGUGAUGAUGACUGGGAUCUGAGAGAGGCUGCAGUGGUGUGUAAAGAGGUGAACUGUGGUGAGGCCGUACAGGUGCUUUAUGGGUCUCACUAUGGACCAGGAUCAGGACCAAUCUGGAUGGAUGAAGUGGACUGUAACGGAUCUGAGUCCACACUGGAGAACUGUAGAUCAAGUGAAUGGGGUGUUAGUGAUUGUACUCAUGAUAAAGAUGUCGGAGUUAUCUGCUCAGAUUUGUAUGUAAGGUUGGUGAAUGGUAGCAGUCCUUGUGCUGGUAGAGUUGAGGUUCUUCAUGGUCGUCAGUGGGGAACAGUGUGUGACUAUAAUUGGGAUCUGAGAGAUGCGUCAGUGGUGUGUAGAGAGCUGGGCUGUGGAGAAGCUGUACAGGUGUUACAUGGAGCUCACUUUGGAGAAGGAUCAGGACAGAUCUGGAAGGAUUAUAUGCGAUGUGAUGGAUCAGAGUCCACACUGAAGAACUGUAGAUCAAAUGAAUGGGGUGUUCACUAUGGUAGUCAUAUUCUUGAUGCUGGAGUCAUCUGUUCUGAUGACAUCAAUAAUGGAUGGUCAAGACUUGUUGCUGGUUCUCAUUUGUGCUCUGGGAGAGUUGAGAUGGCUCGUGGGAACACCUGGAUGUCAGUGUGUGAUGCUGUGUUUGAUGAUCAGGAUGCAGAGGUUGUGUGUAGAGAGCUGAACUGUGGGGUUCCUGUACAGCUGCUGGGUGCAGAUACUUUUGGUAAAGGAGAGGGGCAGGUGUGGACACAAGAGAUUCAAUGUAGAGGAGAUGAAUCUCAAAUUAACUUCUGUCCACAACAAUCUUCAAACAAAAACAACUGUUCACAUGACAAUGAUGUGGGACUGAUUUGCUCUGGUCACACAGCACAGAGACUGAUGAACGGCUCUGAUAUCUGCUCUGGUCGAGUUGAGCGUCAGUAUUUCAGUAAAUGGGGCUCAGUGUGUGAUGAGUGCAUGAAUAUGAGAGCUGCCAAUGUCCUCUGUAGAGAGCUGAAUUGUGGGAUUGCUGUGUCUGUUGUGGGAGUGGACUGGUUUGGAGAGGGAUCUGGUGAAAUCUGGGCUGAUGUGUUUGAUUGUCAGGGGAAUGAAACAAAACUCUCAGAAUGUUCAAUCUCUUCAUGGAGUCGAGCUGAAUCCUCUCAUAAACAAGAUGUUGGAGUCAUUUGUUCUAGUGAGUGAACUUCACUCUGUCAUUAACUAGUCUUGUUUUUGGCAGCCUGUUUUCAUUUUAGUUUUAGUCUAGUCUUUGUGUCAAGCUGUCAUUUUAGUUUUUAUUAGUUUUAGUCACGUCAUACUCUUUUUAGUCUAGUCAAGUUUUAGUCGACUAAAAUUCUUGCCAUUUUAGUCUUAUUUUAGUCAGACUUAUCCAUUACUAUUUUAGUCUAGUUUUAGUCGACGAAAACUGAUGACAUUUUAGUCUAGUUUUAGUCAGUGAUAUUGUAUUUAGUCUCUUUUUAGUAAUACAAUUCUAUUUAACCCAUAUAGUAUAAUGACCUAAUAGUAUUAUAGACAAAACAAUAUUUUCUUUUAGCCAAACCCAUUUCAAACAAAAGUUAUAUUGUUACCUUAUAAACCCAAGAAUACAUCCAUUCCAGACAUGGAAGAUGCUCUGAUUUGAAUAGAUAUUUAUUUUACUAUCCUCUGAGUGAGUGACUUGACUGUUCGUAAGAGUCUACAUAAAAGUCUACAUAAUCAAAACAAAAGUAGUCUAAGCAAACACACACACACACACACACACACACACACACACACACACACACACACACACACACACACACACACACACACACACACACAAGGUCAAAUGGGUCACACACAACUAUAGUAUGUGUGAGAAUAGAAAUAUGCUAUUGUUAACAUUUAUAAUUGUAUUUUGACAGCAGCACAAACUACAAUCAUACAUAUGUAAUUAUAUAUUAUUAUAGUUUAUAUUUCUGCAUCUGUACGUUACCACCAGUGUACCUAAUGGACUUUGGCUUAAUCUAAUGUGACAAAGCUGAUCUUAAAUGUCAGUAUAAAUUCAAGCAAUUUUGGAGAAUUACUUAAUGUUUUUCUUGUAAGAAAAUUAAAAGUCAGCUUUAAGAAAACAUCAGAUGUCUAUUAAGAAAAGCAAAGUUGGUAUGUAUGGUUAUGUUCUCAACAGUACAGGUGUUUGAUUGAUUUAAUACUCAAGUAUUCAGCGAAGUAUGUUUUGUUUAUUUAAAUAAUAAAUAAGUGUAGUUAUUAAGCAUAUACAAAACAACGAAUGUCUUUAGCAUAGAUUUACAAUGUUUCAAAACGCAACGCAGCACAAUGUCAUUUAAACAACUGUUACAUGAUAUACAU